AUGUCGGACGAUUCUUCCACUUCGCCCAUCUCGGUCCCCUCGUCCGAGAACCGCCCUCGUCGGGGCUCCUUCGCCAGUCUUCCCUUCUCCGACCUCUUCUCCAAGCCUUCCACCAGCGCCUCGAGCCAACCCCCAGCCAGCAACGCGCAGGCCAUCCCUCAGCGUCGACUUUCCAUCACCACCCUCGGACUGUCUGGAUCGCCCACGCAGACCUCCUCCGCCUUUGGCAGUCGAUCCUUCCGUCGAGGCAGUCUCUCCAGCUCGUGGAGUUCGGUCCCCCCCAAUGAUGAUGUCGUGGCCGAGGAAUCAGAGCCGGCCUCUGCUUCCGGUGGAGUCACGCCGGGCUCCCCCUUUUCACGGCGGCUGUCCUUUGGUGCUCAGGCGCUGCGUGAGGCCCGAGCGGGAAGUAUAGGCAACGGUAGAUACCCUCCCCCAACCUCUACUGCUCCCCCCGUCGUCUUCUUCUUCCUCCUUUACAGCGGGAGUGCGGCGGUCUGCAUCCACCGCAGGAGUGCCGGUGGCUUCCGCCUCUCUGCCCCGGCGGAACUCUCCUCCCACGGCGAAGGCUUCAAUUGGACCGAAGCACUUCGACACCGAGCAGAACGUGCCCCUUCCCUCGGAGGUUCCUCCGUGUCUCCUCCCCAGGUCAGUCGCCAGGCCAGUCACCAACGGGCCGCGUCGAUUGCCACCAUGGAGCAACCCGUGCGCGAGAUGCCCAAGCAAGCCAAGCAGAACAAGCCGGAUUUCUUCCAAGAGAAGAUCCUCCGUGGUGAUUUCAUGGAUUGA